AUGGAUGCGCCGCUACCGCAACACCCCCCUAGUCGACGCCGCAAGGUUCGAAAAGGCACCUUCUCCUGCUGGGAGUGCAAGAGACGGAAGCGCCGUUGCGAAUUCAAGCCGGGGUCAUCUUCCGCCUGUGUGUCUUGCCAGCACCGAGGCCUGCCAUGCCUGAGCCAGGAAGAGUAUGAACCCCAUGCCGGGCCGGAGCAGGUGUCGGAGCGUAUCUGCCAUGUCGAAAAGCUAGUCGGCGUGCUUCUCCAGCAAAGAGGACAGGAGCACGGCAAUAUUGGAUGUGCGAGCGCUCUCACCAUUCCUCCUUCGCCUUCGGGAUCCUCGCUAAACAUCACGACCUAUCUCUAUUCGGUUCUGCCCUCCCCUUCAGAUACAACCUCGAUCCUAUCACACGGAAACUCUUUCCGCAUGCCUCGAUGGUCUGGAUGGGCUCGGUCAGCCCCGCUGCUAGAACCUCCACCCCUCGAAGCACAACCUAUCUGGUACGGCCGCAGGCUGAUGCAACUUGCCCUCCGUCUGCAAGACUCCGGCGUCCCCGGAUGGGAUGCUUCCAAGUACGCACAGAUAGUGGCUCACUGUGUCUCCUCCAUUGACGCAUUGGUAUCUUCCACCGACGGAAUCGAAACUCUGAUGCUCGAGGCCAUGUACUACGUUAACGAUGGGAAACUGCAAGAAGCGUGGCUCCGGUGCCGGCGAGCCAUGUCGAUAGCCCAGCUUCUCGGUCUCGAUCGUGCAGGAUGGACUGACAACGCUAUUCUUCGCCGUCUUGUAUUUGGCGAUCGCGUCAUGUCUCUAGAACUAGGUGUUGCACAUUUUGGGAUUAUGAAUUAUGGAUCGCUUGACAGUGCCGAUCCGAUCACCAGGCUGGAAAGGAUCCAUGUCAUAACUGCUACUCAAAUUAUUGAACGAAACCUGCGCAUGAUGGACAGAAGUCCAGAAUCGAUACAGGCUGAGACGCUGGGUAUUGACCAACUGAUGAAGAAGGCGAUGAAGGAUCUUCCGCCAGGCUGGUGGUCAGCGUCGACGAAGAAAUCACUAUCGGUCCUCGAGGAGGAGGAGGCAAUGGAAGAAACUAUGAAGUUGAUCACUCAGGUAAAUCACUACUGGCUGCUCACGCAACUCCAUCAACCACCUGUCAUACUAGAUCUCUGCUGCCCUGUAAAUUUUGGGACCAACUCGUACUCAAGAACGGUUUUGGCCUCCUCAUGUCGUCAGGUCCUCUCGCGCUUCCUACUCAUACGGCAAUAUCACUGUGGUGGACUAUACCGCGGCGCUGAUUCCAAGGCUGUGUCGGCUUCCAUCGGGCUUCUCAUGGCACAUAUCGAUGGUCGUCGGGAUAGCACUGAUAAUGCGUUGGAGCAUCUACGACCACAAGACAUGGAUCUUAUACGAGAUUCACUUGAUCUGUUCGAAGCCCUCUCAAGACCAAAAUCAGAACGAUCGGCUGUUCACAGUUUGCUCGCCAUUGAAUCAAAUGCAGCCUGUGGUACCAAUUAUAUGUUCUCUACGACGACUGAAGAUGCCCUGCGAUUGACGUUGCCUUACUUCGGCACCAUGAGUCUUAUACCGAUAUCAUUUGAGGUUGCAGAUCUGGAAACUGAAUCUUUAGCUCUCUGA